UUGCUGUGUUACCCGGUGCAGGAAGGACCCGGCUCCGGCCCCGCUCGGAAACAAAGCGGGCGACGGCGCGGCGGGCCCGGGAUGGCUGCGGAGCGGGGCCGGCCCCGCCUCUGGCUGCUGCUGUGUCUCCUGCCGCAGGUGUGCUGCGAGUACGGGAUGGUGCAUGUCCUGUCAGAGAAGGGGAGCAGCAAAGGAAAAGACUAUUGUAUCCUAUUCAACUCCCAGUGGGCCCAUUUGCCACACGAUCUGGGUAAAGCUUCACUCCUACAACUGCAGGAUCAAACAGCGUCCGUUUUGUGUUCUCCUUCUGAUGUACCUGAUGGGGGAUUUAAUAACCAAAUCCCCAUGGUGAUGCGAGGGAAUUGCACCUUCUAUGAGAAAGUGAGGCUUGCGCAGAUCAACGGAGCUCGUGGGCUGCUGAUUGUCAGCAGAGAGAGGCUGGUUCCUCCUGGGGGUAACAGGAGUCAGUAUGAAGAAAUCGACAUCCCUGUGGCUCUGCUCAGCUAUACUGAUAUGUUAGAUAUUGGCAAGAGUUUCGGCAGCUCGGUGAAGGGCGCGAUGUACGCACCGAACGAGCCCGUGCUGGACUAUAACAUGGUGAUUAUAUUUGUCAUGGCCGUGGGGACCGUUGCAAUUGGAGGCUACUGGGCAGGAAGCAGAGAUGUGAAAAAGCGGUACAUGAAGCACAAACGUGACGACGGGGCAGAGAAACACGACGAUGAAACGGUUGAUGUGACUCCGAUCAUGAUCUGCGUGUUCGUGGUGAUGUGCUGCUCCAUGCUCGUCCUCCUUUAUUUCUUCUAUGACCACUUAGUCUACGUUAUCAUAGGGAUAUUCUGCCUGGCUGCCUCCAUUGGUCUCUACAGUUGUCUCUCUCCCUUUGUAAGAAGAUUCCCCUUGGGAAAGUGUAGAAUCCCAGACAACAAUUUGCCUUAUUUUCACAAGCGUCCACAGGUCCGGAUGUUGGUUUUGGCCGUAUUUUGUAUCUCUGUCAGCGUAGUCUGGGGAAUCUUCAGAAACGAAGAUCAGUGGGCCUGGGUUCUGCAAGACGCUUUAGGGAUCGCUUUCUGUCUUUACAUGUUGAAAACGAUUCGCCUGCCUACAUUUAAGGGCUGUACCUUGCUCCUCCUGGUCCUUUUUGUAUAUGAUGUAUUCUUUGUAUUUAUCACACCUUUUCUAACAAAGACUGGGGAGAGUAUCAUGGUGGAGGUGGCUGCAGGCCCGUCCGAUUCGGCCACUCACGAAAAGCUCCCGAUGGUCCUGAAGGUCCCGCGGCUGAACUCCUCGCCCCUGGCGCUGUGCGACAGGCCUUUUUCUCUCCUGGGCUUUGGAGACAUUUUAGUUCCAGGCUUACUGGUAGCCUAUUGCCAUAGAUUCGAUAUCCAGGUGCAGUCGUCCAGGGUCUAUUUUGUAGCCUGCACAAUAGCGUACGGCAUAGGGCUGCUCGUGACCUUCGUGGCCCUGGCGCUGAUGCAGAUGGGCCAGCCCGCCCUCCUCUACCUGGUGCCCUGCACGCUGCUCACCAGCUUCGCCGUGGCUCUCUGGAGAAAGGAGCUGGGCAUGUUCUGGACGGGCAGCGGCUUUGCGAAGGACCUACCUCAGCCUCCCCUGGUGAUCGCGCCCGUCAGCUGCCCCGAGCUCCCCAAAGACAGCGGCAGCGUCCCGGAUCCCCCGCCAGACACCGAGCAGGUCACCAACCCCACCCUGCACGUGGAGGAGCCGCACGGCCGCACCACGGCUACGGAGGAACCAACCGAUACCAACGCAAACACGGACCAGUCCGAAAUUCCUAUCGCACCGAGCGAGGAGCCAGCUGGGCAGGAUAAGGACGACGCUGAAAACAAAUGCCUAAACGCAGAGCAAAACCAGCCGGAAUAAACGAUGCGAUAAGAACUCCUUCUUUCCCCUCACAAACAUAUCCAUGUAAAACCAGUAUGUAUUUAGGACUGGUUUAGUAGUGUUUGCGUUCGGUGAGGAACCUCACGGGGAGUCUGAUCAUCAAAUCCAACAACGAAUGUGCUGCCUCCAGCUUCGGUACAGCUACACCCUUCAAACAUCCUUCUGAAAUAUGGUGCUCUACGAGGGUUCUGAUGUACGGAUUUCAGUGAUCAUUUUAUUAGUGAAUGCCUUUGACCGUUCCAUUUUCAUUAGACCGGGGUAGUAUUAAGAGUCUUUAUUUACACAGUACUCUGUGCUCGUGUGGGUAUUGCUGCUUUAGCAUAGCGUAGGUUAACGUGGAGGAAAAGCAUUGAACUCUUGCUACAAUGCUUCGCUGAGAGAAACACGAUAGGUUUGGUUUUCUUUUAGCACUUUCCCUAUUGUCUCUUUUUAUUAUAUUUUACUUUUCCCUACUUGUCAAAGCCAUUGAUACAAGGGAAUGCUUUAGUACAAACUGACAUUCAGGAAAUGCAGAGGGUGGUUCAAUUACCAACCUCUGAAAGGAUUUACACCACCGUGGUGCAUUAAAUGCAUCUCUUUAACCUUUUUGUCUUUGCUUUUACUUCCAGGUCCCUGGGUUGGCUACUAGUCUAGUUUAAAACAUGGAGCUACAGGAAACUUUCUAAGCACUCGUAUGAACUCUAGGGGCUGUUUGAAAAUAACCAGUGUUGGUCACAGGACACUGUCUGGAAGCAAAAGCAUAUUAAGAAUGUUAAAUGUUUUAGAAGUAAAAUACAAGCCAAAUAGGUAGUAGCACUAUACUAAGCUUAAUAGGCAAUAUUUUUCUGGGGACAAUUUUAAAGUAAAGCAGUAAAAGAUCAUGUUUGGGGGUUUGAGUUUCUGCUUGUUAUUCGUUUCAGGAAUAUAAUUGCGGUUCCUAAUUCUGAAGGAAACAAUCUGGUGUCGUCUUGCCCAAGGGAGCGCAUUCAGUGCUGUAGUCAGUUGGGAUUUGAAGCCACUUGCUGCUCAGUAGCUCAUCAGCUGCCUCAGUCGUGGUGCGUCCGUGUCCCAGAGCAGCCAGAGCUUGGCCUGGCGGGGUCUGGAUCAGGCUCUCAUCUACCUGAUUAUUGCACCUCUUGCUCUAUGACAGUGUGAAGGACUAAAUUGGUGAAUUUCAAACUCUUUAGGGUGCAGCUGGUCUUUAUAUUCCUGAAAUUGUGUGUUUUCCUGUAUAACAUGAUUGAGUCUUUUGUGCGUCAGCUUUAGUACACAGACGGAUGGUGUGAUUUGCAUCUUAUUUAUUGAUUCCAUCUAAGAACAUUUGGCUUUAUAACGGGAUCUCUUCUUCACUUGAAUUGCAAUCCCAGAAAGUCUCAAACACUUCACGUUCAAACUGAAAGAGAAAAUGGAAGUAUUCUAGGAUCCUAGAAUAUGAUUCAAAAUACUCCUCGGAGUAUCUGAGAGCCCAAAACAUCAUUUACAAAACUCUCAUCGCAGCGUACGCGAUCAGAGGCAAAAUGCUUUUAAACCAAGAGUUUCCAGUUGGCACGUUGAGUUGCGUCAUUUUCAUGUCUGUGUGUUCACUGUCGGCCGUUGUCCUUUUGUCUGGGUCUUUCCAAAGUUUGCCCUGUGCUUUUGGGGUGCUAACUCAUGUUCUUUUCUGUUUCACGUGCAAUGGAUCGGGUUUUUUCUCCAGAACCUGAAAGCUUUUCUGUAAAACCACCCUGUGGCUUCACAGUUUCAGCAGCUCCUGCUUGAAGCCUCCAGCCCUGUCCGACCAAUUGAUUUAAUGGUGAGUUUCUUGCAAGGCUUCUUGAGUCCAAAGGCCUGCGCUACAUUUAAUUUACAGAUCACCCCAAGGGAAGACGGUAGUGCUAAAGAGAUCUGGGUUUAAACCUCUCUUUAAUGGACUUUUUCCAGCAGCAAUCUGAACCAAUUAUUACAAAGAAAAAGCAACAGAGACAUUUUACUGCAAACUUCAGCCAGCUGGAUUAUGCCUUAAUUUAAGCCGUUGUAUAAGUAUGUAUAUUAAAUUAAGAAAACAAUCUUGUGUUUAAAUAAUGAACUUGACAAACAGCAAGAAAACCAGUUUGGAGACUAACUCGAAGCUUUUCUGCCUUGAUUAUCUUUCAGUUGUGUUCUUUGGAAUAGUUUUUUGUAUAAUCAAAGCCAGUGGCUUUCUGGUGAUGAAGCGUUAGGUUUUAUCUACUCGAAAGUGUAUUUUAACAUUUCUUCUCAUAUCUCAUGGGUUAGGAAACAGUUUCUUUCUCAAAUUGUUUAUAACUCAAUUAAAAUAGAAGAAUUCCUACCACUCGUAGGCAUUUAACAGUCGAUUUGUUCCUGUUACGUCCUAGAUGAGUCUGAUCGGAGCGUGUGCUUCACCUCACGUUCCUGGAGCUUUUCCAUCUAUUUUUAAGUGAAUUUCUAAUUUUAAACUACAAAGAUCAAUGCAGGAAAAACAAACCCAGUAGCUUCUCAGUGCAAUAUCUCCAGGUGAAGUGUGUGAACCUCCACGCAUUUCACCCUCUAGCUCUUCCAGCACUGUACAAACGGGCUGACCCUGGUGCACCAGUUUGGCUGCGACUGUUCGGACCCUGAUCCUGGGCAGUUCAAUCCCUUCCAGCAAAAAACCACCCAGGUCUGUGCUGGUUUCUUGCACUACACUGGCUGUUUAGCCCCGUCAUAUUUCUUUUUAAUGGCAGCUUUAAUUAUACAAAAUAUUGGUUUGUUCAUUGAUAAGCUUUCAUCGUUUGGCUUGUUAUUUAUAGUCCGUUCAUGGGUGAAUAACUGGCCGAGCAGGAACGUGCGACGAGUGCAUUUUGACACAAGUAAGUGUUUAAAUUAUAGAUAUACCAGCAGACCCGAAUAUUUCUCCAAAGCCUGUAGAAAUGGUGCCUUUUUCCAUGACGAAUAUAAUCUCUGACGUUUUAAAAUAAAAUCUGUAUAAGGGCUGCGUCUUCAGGAAAAUGAGUAUAUUAUUAUUAUUAUUAUUAUUAUUGAGUCCAGAGAACAGGAGCUGUGAUUAGAGGUCUGGAAAACAUCAGUAACAAGGGGAGUCGGAUCUCGGGGUGUUUUAUCCAGACCGGUUUCCCAGCUGGCUGGUCGGACAUGAUGAUAAUUUGCACUAACGAGCUCUUUGGCUUUUCAGUUUAAGCUCUGUGCCAAUGGUGAAGUAAUAACAGAAGGGCAGUGGAAGCAUUUCCUCCAGAGAGGUGAAAACUGCUCCUGCAAAGAGAAAACCUAAAGGCGUGUAUGAUAACCAGCCAAAAAUCUGAAAUGCUGAAAUUCUGCCCGGGUUCCACCGUUGCCUUCGGUUUGGCAGGUAAAUAUUCCCAUUAUGUGGAGUAACGAUGAGGUUUUGCCACCUGCAGAUUAGCGAUAGAUGAUGAAUCAUGUGCUUAAAUUGUUUUUUCUUGAAUUGGCAACUAGUAUAUUUGCAGAAUCAUCUAUAAUUUCAGAAACUAGUAGACUCGGCUUGACUUUUUGCUUCAGUGUGGGUUCUAUUUUCCCAGCAGCUGUUGGUAAUAUUGCAGUUGUGGUCCUGUUGAUGGUGGCUGAGUGUGGAUGCUCCUGGGGUGGUAAUUUGGAACCACCUUCUUCAGCUGAAGGUGGCAUCAAGUCUAGCAAGUUUCUCACAACAUCUUUGUGCAAGUUGAGCUCCAGGUGGGAAACUUCACCCAGGUCUUUAUCUCGGAAAUCUUUGAGGUGGUUUGUAGGGUUGAGAAUUGCUGACACACGCCCUGUGUGUUGUGAACUUUCUUUGGGUGUUUAUACGAAACAUUGAUUAGCUGAAAAUAGGCAGAGAGGAGGUCUCAAAAUAAAUAAGUGUGUUGUAGCUCCUAAAAGCAAUCAGUGGCUGAGCUGGUAGGACGCCCUGCAGUGGCAGAUACCCAACACUGAAUGGAAUCGUAGGAUGGUUUGGGUUGAAAGGACCUUACAGCUCAUCUAGUUCUACCUGCCAUGAGCAGGGACAUCUUCACCAGCUCAGGUUGCUCAGAGCCCCGUCCAGCCUGGCCUGGGAUGUCUCCAGGGAUGGUUCAUCCACCACCUCUCUGGCCAACAUGGGCCAGGCUCUCACCACCCUCAGGGCCAACAAUUCCUUCCUCAUGUCCAGCCUGAAUCUCCCUUCUUUAGCUUAAAACCAUCACCCCUUGUCCUGUCACAACAGGCCCUGCUCGAAAGUCUGUCCCCAUCUUUCUUAUGGGCCCCUUUUAAGCACUGAAAUGCCACACUAAGGUCUCCCCAAUGCUUCUCUUCUCCAGCUGAACACCCCAGCUCUCUCACCUGUCCCCCAGCAGAGCUGUUCCAGCCUCGGGUCAUGUCUGUGUCUCCUCUGGCCCCUCUCCAGCAGGUCCAUGUGUGUCCUGAGGACCCAGAGCUGGACCAGCAGGGGCAGCUGUGCCAGGAGUUUGUAAAGGAUAGAAAUGGCUGUUUUAAUCUUAAAAGUGUAGCUCUAUUCAGGAAAACGCUGUCAACCUGCUCCUCUGCUGCGCAUCCAAGCAUGGAUGGGGAAGCUGGUGACAUCUGGGGAGAGCAGAGUUAUUCAAACACUUUUUCCAAUUAGGAGUUAAUGGCAAUGGGACUGCUGUGCUGGUGGCCAUGGCCUGUUUGUCUCCGGCUCCCUCCUUGUCACUUGUUCCCUCCAACAACCUUUUGAUUCUUAAUCUUUCCCAGAGCCAGUGCAGCUUGGGGACAGCAAAGAGAAAUCUCUGUUUCAUUGUCCUCUCCCGGUGCUGCCUGAAAAACAACCGGGAAUCACACAGAAUCCCAGAAUCAGCUGGGUUGGAAAAGCCCUCAGGGAUCAUCCAGUCCAAGCCUUGGUCCAACUCCAGUCCAUUGACUAGAUCAUGGCACUAAGUGCCAUGGCCAAUCUCAGUUUCAAAACCUCCAGGGCCGGUGAGUCCAGCACCUCCCUGGGCAGCCAUUCCAAUCCUGACCACUCUCUCUGCAAAGAAUUGCUUUCUCAUCUCCAGCCUCAAUUUCCCCUGGCAGAGUUGAAGCCCAUGGCCCCUUGUCCUAUUGCUGAUGCCUGGGAGAAGAGCCCAAUCCCCACCUGGCUAGAACUGCCCUUCAGGUAGUUCUGGAGAGUGCUGAGCUCAGCUCUAAGCCUCCUCUUCUCCAGACUAAACAAGCCCAGCUCCCUCAGCCUCUCCCCAUGGGUCUUGUGUUCAAGUCCCUUCCCCAGUCUUGUUGCUCUUCUCUGGACCCGCUCCAGCACUUCAAUCUCUUUCCUGAGCUGAGGGGCCCAGAACUGAACACAACACUCCAGGUGUGGCCUCCCCAAUGCAGAGCACAGGGGAAGGAUCACUGCCCUUGUCCUGCUGACCACGCUCUUUUGGAUACAGGACAGGACACCAUUGGCCUUCUUGGCCACCUGGGCACACUGGUGGCUCAUGUUGAGCUUCCUGUCCAUUAGUCCCCCAGGUCCCUUUCUGCCCGACUGCUCUCCAGCCACUCUGUGCCCAGCACGGUGAGCACAGCCCGGCCUGCUGCCCAGAUCGCGUGUUCCCUCCAUCAUGGGUCACGUUUUAACACUAAAAUGUAGCCUUUUUGAUCCUAGAAGUCACUGACAAUAUGUAUGAGCUCCAGUAUUUUCAGUCUGGUAACAUAUGAAAGCAAAACCAAUUGUUUAAUGGAAAAUAGGGAUUUGCAGCCCCUACCGUAGAUGGGCCGCUCGUUAUUUUUAAGUGUUUUCCUUGGUUUUCUUCAUCCGUCCGGUGUUGGGGCAACUGGGAACACCCAGCGAUGCCGAGUCCUGUUGGAAAUGUGUUGGUGUUAGUUUGCUAAACGGAAUUAUCGGUGCUUAUCGGACGGGACGCUGGAGCUGAGAAUGCAGAGCAGUGUAAAGAGGAUUUAUGCAACGACACCUAUUUGCUUGACGCUUGUUUCUCAGGUGCUCAACAGCAGCUGCUUUUAGCGAGGAAGUUUGUUCUUGGGAGGUCACAUCCGAACAAUUGUAAAUGUCUCACGUCUUUGUGGAAGGACUUUGUAAUAUUGGAAUAAUAGUUCGUAGGCUGGUGUUGCCAACAACUCUACAGGUUAUUUUAGCGCUCGCGACGUUCAACUCCACAUGGUUACGCAUGAGGAAUAAGCUCUUUAAGCUCAUUUCACACGAUGCUGAAGGACGGAUUUUCUUGUGCUCCAAAACCUAAGGUUUAUUUUUGCUGGUUUAAGAUCUUCUAUGCACUUGGCCCCUUCAUUAAAUAGACCCAAAAGCUAAAUGUGUUGGCCAGUUUAUGGUGUGAAAAUGCUGAUAAAUCAACAUCCUCUUCCGAUUCCCUGAUUUCUAUCUUGUGUCUAUUUACAUUGUCAAUUAACUAAUCCCAGGCACUAAUUUCAUAGUUUUAGUUCGCUGGGUUGCUGAAUUUGGACCCAAUUUUGCGCAAUUUCUCCCUUCACACCCACUGUUCAAGGUUUAGUAUUUGCCAGGUGAUAACUUGCAAAAUGGAUAGAAAAAUCCUAAUGUUGUGACUUCUACCUAUGAGAUCAGCAUCAUAUCUAUGGUACAAGUACCAUUUUGUUGUUGCUAUUGUUUGCAAGUAAUAGCGAAGAACUGAAUGUCACCUCACUGAUACCUUCCAGCGCUGACAAUAGGACAGAGCCAUGGCAAAGACCGGGAGGAAAAGCAACGUCGUUUCCAUGUAGAAAAAGGCAUUUUUGGUAAACACUUCUGGUUUUCCAAACCCGUAAGUCUUACUGCAAUACCUGUGUUCUCAGUUCAGGUGGGUUCUUUCCACCUUGUGUCUAUAAAGCUCUUUGUGGUUUUGAUAUCAGCCUUGGACCCAACCGCACAGCUUAUAGUGAUAUCUCUAUUUUUCUAGAUGUAAAUACGUGUAAUAGGGAGCGUUUCCAGUGACCAAAUGCCCGUUUGCGUCUUCCUGCCAGAAAAAUGUGGGAAAAAUCCUAUUUCAAAAUGAAUGGGGGGGAGGGAACAGAAUCUUGAAUUUUCCAUGGAGUAACCAAACCGAUUUCAGGUGCAAGAGAACAGAAUGGAAAACGACCGCUCAACUCAAAUUGCAGUGUUUCUCUUUCCUUUUUCUUCUGUUUUGCUUUUAAAACCCACAGGAAUUGACUUUCCUUCCGCCCAUUUUAGCUUAAAACUGUACCAAUUUUCUAAAACUGUAAAAUAAAGAUACUUAAUUUUUGAACUGAA